AUGAAACAAAUUAAACCAGCUGCUUCAAUUCCAACUAAAGUCAAAGGCAAGGAACUUAUUCUUAAAUCAUAGAACAUUUAAAAAAUAAAGCAAUAUGAAUUUGAUCACUUUUUAGACAAAGUUAACCAACCAAAAAGAAUAGAUAAAUUCACAGAGUAAGUUCCUCCUCUGCCUUGCUAAUUUAAAUAGCGAUAAGUCAAAGAGAUUAUAACUCUGCCAGAAUUUAUAUAAAUGGAAAAUCCUCCCCCUUUUGGAGGUGCUCAAGCUGUCAAUGACAAGGAUGAUUAAGCCAUUUUGGAGGAGAAAUUAUAGAUGGAGUUGUUUCAAUACUUGAAAAUUAAGUAAUUGAAAUAAGAAGAACAGUAAGAGAGAUACUCUUCUAUCCAUGAGGAUAACUACUCUGACACUAUUGUUACAAUUGAAAAUAUUUAACAUGAAUUGUAAAAGGAGCAUGAUCAAUAUAUAGAGAAGUUUGUGAAAAAACUAGAAGAGGAGAAAAUUGAGAAGAAAGUUUAAGAAUUUGUAAGAUUGCCGCUACCAGAAUUGCUGAAGAUCCCAAAUUAAUUCCCCAUUUAGAAGAAGGAUCAAUAUAGGGCUCUAUCUGCUUAAGACAGGAAACAGGUGCAAAAUGAACAUGAAGUAAAACAGUCUGAGAUCAAGGCUGAAAUUCCAAAAAAAAGUCUGUAGGAGAUGGAAAAAAUGAUAGAGGAAACAAAGAAAGACUAUUUCAAAAUUAUAAGAGAUUUGGAUUUCCUAAAUAAAGGGGCUAGACAAUUGAAAAAUGCUACUUCGUAAUAGUAUGGUAUCAGAAAGAAGGUUGAUGAGCCCAACAUUGAGAAACUAAUCAAAUAAGUAAAAGAUACAAUUUGGUAUACUGAAGGUCUAACAAAUGGAUUUGAUAGAGAGAUGGCAUUAAUUUAGCAUAAAAAUUCUCAGGCUAAAAAUCUGAUUGACAUCAAUAAAGUAUUAGAGCAAUCUGAUCUGUAAGAAUAAAAUUAGCAAAUAAUAAUUAACAAAGAGGAAAUUCCAGCAAGGAGUGAGAAACAAGAGGAUAAGAAAUUAAACAAUUCAAGUUUAAUUUCAUAAAAGACUCAGGCAUCUGCAAAAACUGUCACGAAGGUUGUGAAUUCUAAGAAAGGUAAAGAACUUCAAGAUAUGAUGUCUGAUGAUUUAUUUUGA